GGGGCAAAGUUAGACCGCAAAAUACCAGCGACAGCAUUCGAGAACCAGGAUGAAUUUCACACUGUGGUUGUUACUGAGCUUCUGUGGUUUAACUUUGGGCCAGGAAGGUUUACCUGAAACAGAAGUCACUACUGAAACCGGGUCAUGCUUUCCUGAUAUGUGUAAGUUCCUCAAAGAGUUUGGAGCCAUGAAAGCUAAACUGGAAGCUGUGGAAACAAAUCUGAAAGAGAAAAGUGAAGCCGUGGAAGCAAAGCUGAAAGAGACUGAAAGUCAGGUUCUGGUGCUUAAACAGAAAGAAGCAUUGAAGGUGGUUUUCAGUGCCGGUAUACUUGGGGAUGCAGCCAUUGGACCCUUCAACACACCAACAACCUUAAUCUACACAAGAGUAAUAACAAAUUUGGGCAACGCCUACAACCAGAACACAGGUAUCUUUGUUGCACCUGUCAGAGGCAUGUACUACUUCUCCUUCUUCUAUCAUGCUGGUGGAGGACAUCCUGUGGGUCUGAACCUCAUGAAGAACAAUCAGGUUGUUGUGCGGAGUGCUGAACACCAGUCAUCUAAUGACUGGAAUGAUAACGGAGGCAAUGCUGCCUUUGUGGAGCUGCAGCAGGGAGACCACGUCUACGUCCAGCUGGAUGCAAACCAACAUGUUUGGGGAAGUGGCUAUUCAACUACUUUCAGUGGUUUUCUUCUGCAUCAAGUCUGAAAAACGAUUGAACAUUGAUGUGAUCAUGUAAAUGGCUUAAACCUUCUGAUCACACAGCGUGUCAAUAUCAUGGUUAGUGUCUUUCAGUUUCAUAAGCAAAUCACAAAGUCAAUCUGAGAGCAGUAAAGGCCUUAUGUUGCAGAAAAGAUUAUUUCUAACAAGAGCAUGAAAGAUAUGAAUGGAAAAAGAAAAUAUACAAACAUGUACAUUCUGGAAGUUUUUUUCCAGAAUAUUAAAACUUAAAGAUAAAUCUCUGAGUGGACAUUAUGGUUUCUAUGGUGUUUUAAUCUGUGUAGAAAUGGAUUUAAGUCUGUCAAUAAAGCUGGAAUUGAUAUGAAUAUAAUUUACAGUCACAGUCAAUAAAUGAACAUAUGCAUUUCAAUGAGGCUCAUUGUCAGAUUAAUUAGAAAAUUUAAAGCUUUGAAGCAGGUAAAAAACAUACUUUAAGAUUACAUUUCUAUAUAAUUUUUUGUUGUUGGUCUGAUGUAAUAUUCAUAUUUUAAAUGUUAUGUUUUCACUAACUGUAAGUAGAAAAUCACAACACAAAUAAAGACUUUCAAAC